AUGAAGCCAGGCAGAUCUUCCCUUCUCGCGCCGCUGGUCGGCCUCUUGUCUGUCGCCAAUGGAAUCAGUCUAGAAGUGAGCAGUUUGGACUCGAUCAAGUCUGUUACGUCGACCCUUGCCUACGAUAUGAUGACGUAUUACUCUGGCAACCAGACAGGACAGACACCUGGAAUUCUCCCAGGCCCAUGUGAAUCUACAGCAUGUUAUUACUGGUGGGAAGCCGGCGCCAUGUUUGGAUCGUUGAUCAAUUACUGGCAAUACACGGGCGACGACAGCUACAAUCCUGUGGUGUCCCAGGCGUUGGCCUUUCAGAUAGGACCCGACGAAAACUACAAUCCUCCCAAUCAAAGCAAAAAUAUGGGUGUCGACGACCAAGCUUUUUGGGCCUUCUCUGCUCUGGAUGCGGCCGAGGCUAACUUCCCCGAAGCCGGGGGUGAUAUUCCCUCCUGGAUUGCCUUGGCUCAGGCCGUCUUCAACUUCCAACAGGACUUGUGGGAUGAUGCCACAUGCGGUGGUGGUAUGCGAUGGCAGGUCUACUCGUUCAACGCUGGGUACAACUUGAAGAACACCAUCUCGAACGGAGGAAACUUCCAAAUCGCUGCUCGGUUGGCAUAUUACACAGGCAAUCAAUCCUAUGCCGACUGGGCCAUCAAGAUGUGGGAUUGGAUGGAAGGCAGUCCAUUGUUCCAGACGCAGGAUGGUAAUCUUUACAUCUGGGACAAUACCGAUACCAACAACAAUUGCACAGAUGUCGCACACUACGCAUGGACGUACAACUAUGGCACCAUGCUCAUGGGCGCGGCGUACUUGUACAACUAUACCGACGGCGAUCCGCUAUGGGAGCAACGAGUCAUGAGUAUUCUGAAAGGGGCAGAACUCUUGUUCUUCCCUCAAGAAUAUGGUGGCAACAUCAUGACGGAAUUCCAGUGCGAGCCGGCGGCGAAUUGUAACAACGAUCAGAGCAGUUUCAAAGCAUACCUCUCUCGAUGGAUGGCUGUGACAACACUCCUAGUACCUAGUACCUACGACAUGAUCAUGCCGAGACUAACCGCUAGCGCUGCCGCCGCUGCGCAACAAUGCACUGGAGGAAACAAUGGGCGAAUGUGUGGUCGCAGGUGGUACUCCAACUUUGACGGUUCAAGUGGUGUUGGCCAACAGAUGCAAGCUCUGAGCGUGAUAGGGGCCACCACCAUUCAUGCGGGAAUUGCUCCCAAAUCGGUCAAGACCGGUGGUACUUCGAAGCAAGACCCCGACGCCGGCAACGACGCCGCAUCCUCACCGGUCAAGCCACCAUCAGCUAUUACUACCGCCGACAAAGCUGGAGCAGGCAUUUUGACGGUCUUGUGCAUCUGCAUCAUCGUCGGUGGCAGCAUGUGGAUCAUCCUGUGA